CCUCCUCCCAUAAAGUUUGAUAUAAAUUAAAUGCCCAAAAAACAACCAACAGCAUCAUUCCUCACUAUUUUCUCACUACCCACCUCCUUAUCCUUCUCUUCGACUAUUUGAGAAAGAAAGAAACAUGGUGAUCUCGACGACCGCCGGUGAUCGUGCAGAUCACUUUCUGGACUGUACCUUUGCUUCCAGAUAUGUGCGCAAUCCCGUCCCCAAGUUCAUGAUGCCGGCGACCUCACAACCCAAAGAAGCAGCUUAUCAGAUAAUAAACGAUGAGCUUAUGCUGGAUGGGGCUCCAAGACUCAACUUGGCCUCAUUCGUGACCACCUGGAUGGAGCCGGAAUGCGAUAAACUCAUGAUGGCCUCUAUGAACAAAAACUAUGUUGACAUGGAUGAGUACCCGGUCACCACUGAACUUCAGAAUCGCUGUGUGAAUAUGAUCGCCAACCUUUUCAAUGCUCCCAUCGGAGCAGCUGAAACUGCUGUUGGCGUGGGGACGGUAGGAUCUUCAGAGGCAAUUAUGCUGGCUGGCCUAGCUUUUAAAAGAAAAUGGCAGCACAGGAGGAAAUUAGAAGGCAAACCCUACGACAAGCCCAACAUUGUCACUGGAGCUAAUGUGCAGGUUUGCUGGGAAAAGUUUGCUAGGUAUUUUGAGGUUGAACUGAAGGAGGUAAAGCUAUCAGAGGGAUACUAUGUGAUGGACCCUGUCAAAGCAGUUGAGAUGGUUGAUGAGAACACUAUCUGUGUUGCAGCUAUUCUAGGUUCAACCCUGACGGGAGAGUUUGAGGAUGUGAAGCUCCUUAAUGAUCUUCUUAUUAAGAAGAAUAAGGAGACAGGAUGGGAAACUCCUAUUCAUGUUGAUGCUGCCAGUGGAGGCUUUAUAGCGCCGUUCCUUUAUCCUGAACUUGAGUGGGACUUCCGUUUGCCAUUAGUCAAGAGUAUCAAUGUAAGUGGCCACAAGUAUGGCCUUGUAUAUGCUGGUGUUGGAUGGGUUGUGUGGAGGAGUAAAGAGGACUUGCCCGACGAGCUUGUGUUUCACAUCAAUUAUCUUGGAUCUGAUCAACCAACUUUCACCCUCAACUUUUCCAAAGGGUCUAGCCAAAUAAUUGCUCAGUAUUAUCAGUUUAUACGACUGGGAUUUGAGGGUUACAAAAAUGUAAUGGAAAACUGCAUGGACAAUACAAGAGCACUGAAAGAAGGACUAGAGAAAACAGGGCGGUUUGAAAUUCUGUCCAAAGACAUAGGAGUGCCCCUGGUGGCUUUCAAACUAAAAGACAGCAGCAAGCACACUGUGUUUGAGAUAGCUGAUAGUUUGAGAAAGUUUGGAUGGAUAGUUCCAGCCUACACUAUGCCAGCCAAUGCAGAACAUAUUGCUGUUCUUCGUGUGGUUGUUAGGGAGGAUUUUAGCCGGAGCUUGGCGGAGAGACUCCUCUCAGACAUCGACAAGGUUUUGAACGAAAUCGACACACUGCCAAGCCGCGUGUCUAUGAAAGCUGCACAUGUGACACCUACUGUCGAUGAAGGAGUCAAUGCCAGUGAAGGGAUGGUAAAGCCUGGUAAGAAAAGUGUAGAGGAAAUUCAAAGAGAGGUAGCAACAUAUUGGAGGAACCUUGUGGAAAGAAAGAGAACAGGUGUAUGCUAGGCUUCCAAUGAUGAUCUAUGUGUGCUUGCUUCAUUGUACUUGUUAUGUUUGCUUUCUGUAAUAAGGACUGAAUGAAUAGCCAUAUAUAUAUAUUCUCAGAGAGGUUUUGUUCUUGUAA